UUUGCGUGAUUGUUUUCGCCGCUGAAGGCCUUUCCGCUUGUUCUAUUUCUGUGAUUCACAGUAGGAAGUGUCACUGACAGUUUCUUUUUUAAAUGCAGAUAUGGAAGAGAUAAAUUGGACCGAGGUGAAAUGAUGUUGCCCGGGGUGUUUUAUGCGUUGGUGGCGGGGUUUCUCGGAGCUUUAGCCUCAUCUUCUGCAAAGUUAUCCCUGGGUGCUGAUUAUCUGAAAGAGGUGUGUGAAACAGCAGCGCUGCAGAUCUGGGCGGCUAGACAGGAGAACACUCUGGUUCAUAGUGUGGAUAACACAACUUGUUACUGGUUACAUAUACCCCUGCGGCUGCUCUGUGGUGGUCUACUGUUUACCUGUAAUGCUGUGAUGUGGAUGUUCUUUGCUAAAGCCCUCCGACACUCGCCCUCCUCUGCCAGGGCCACUGUGACCACAACUGCCUCAAACUUUAUCUCGUCUGCAUUCCUUGGAUAUGUGAUCUUUGGGGAAACACAUGUCACAUUGUGGUGGAUUGGUAUCAUUUUGACCCUGACAGGGCUUCUAGUCUUGCAUGGAUCAACUCCUCAGGCACUACAGGAAAAUGUGGCUAAGAAAGAUUAAUUAAAGAACAAACAUUGAACAAUGCAACAAUAAUGUCUUGCCAGUGAUCAAGGCAAAAAAAGUGUGAAAAAAGGACUACAAACUGAUUUAUUCAUCUGAAAAUAAUUAUGCAGAACUGUGUGAUAGAAUUAUCUAUGCUAAAUAUGUAUUAUUUUUGUUCUGGGAUUUAUUUUGUUUUUAAACAGUUUGUUUCCGUGUGUUAUGAUAAGGUAAAUAAUGAUAUAACACAAAAGUUAAUGCAAAGCCUAGAAUUAUGACUCACUUUGUGCCUACAGUCAUGCAAGGUCACAUUUACAGCAUGCACAACCAAAAUACAGUUAAUGCAGGUGCUCGACUAGAAUGAAAAAUCACAUAAACAUCAGCAUGCUUUUGCUCGCAAAAUAUUUUAAAAUUUUGUCUCACUGCACGUGUCAUUUUUCAUAUGUGGUGAGACAAAUAUUUAAGUAUUUUUAUUGUGAGCAACAGUCAUGCAAGGUACUGGCUCUUUACCCUGCCUCGAUCAUAUAGGUUUACUCCAUUUCAGUUACUGUAUACUUCAGCAAUUAAAGGGAUAGUUCACCCAAAAAUGAAAAUUCUCAUCCCAGAUGUGCAUGACUUUCUUUCUUCUGCAGAACACAAACAAAGAUUUUUAAAAGAAUGCUCUGUAGGUCCAUACAAUGCAAAUGAAUGGUGACCAGUAGAGUUGGGGUACUCAAGUUCGUGCUGGGACUCGAGUCCGAGUCACAAGUCCCAUUUUAAUGGACUUGGACUUGUCACAGACUCGGAUGCAUUUUUACUCUUACUUGACUCAGACUCGAGCCUUUCGGACUUGGGAUUUUUUUCAGAGUCCAGCCGAGUCCCUAAUGAAAAACAAACAAACAAAUAACGUAACAUAGGGAGACCAUACAUCCUCUUUUCCCCAGACAUGUCCUCUUUUUCAGACCUGAAAAAAGCGUCCGGCCGGGAUUUCAAAAUUGCCUUUAAAUGUCCGGGAUUUGUCUUUGUCUUUGUCUUUAAAUUGAUGUGCUCUCUACAGUUAGUACUACAUACAUUCUGUGUAUUUGAUACUGCACAUCAGUUUUCACGCUUAUAUGUCCUUGCGUGUGAUUAUUCUGGCUGAGAGCAGCGCGCAUUCUUUCAGUGUACAUUUUUAACUCUCUCGCCCGUGCACCCAUGCUGUAUGUGUGUGUGGGAAAGAGAUCACCAUUCACCAGAUGUGCUCUGCCACUCACAUCCAGAACCAUCAAGAACGUAAGUCCACUUUAAAAAGUACGUUCCCCAAGUCUGCAAAUGAUUAAAUUGAUAAAAACAUGUGUUCUGACUCACGCUUACUACACAAAGUAAUUUCUAACUGAAAAAGUUGACUAUAUCAAGACAAAAUCAAUUUUACUAUGUAUCAGGGACAUUUAAGCUAAUAUGAUGGAUGAAAUAGACCAUGAUGGAAAUUGGACAUCUCAGUCCGUCACAUAUUUGUAGCGCAACCUCUGUAUGUUACCUGUAAAGCUGGCACUUGCUUUUCAAUGGCAAAAAAGUCAGAAAAUACAGUGAAGAACUCAAGUGAGGGGAGAAGAAUCUAUUCACCUAUUAUCCAUACUGAAUAUAAUGUGAAAAGAACAAAGUGUCAGGUGAGUUUGUCAAAAAUUUGAUCUUGACUUAAGGGAAGUGCACACCUGGACACAGCAGGAGGACUGAAAAGUGCGAAGUGUAGUACUGUAAUAUAUAAAUAUUUUUUUAAUGGUAUCUGAUCUUUUCUGUUUUUAUUUUAUGUUGCUGUAUUUAAUUUUAUGGGCAUUAUUAAAUAUUUCGAUAUUACCAUUUGUUAGAUGUAUUAAACACAUUAAAUGUAUUUAAUUAAUUACAUUAAAUGUAUUUCACUCAUAAUUUUAAAUUAAACUAAAUGGAAUGGAAAAAUUGAAAAUGAAGUAGGAAUAAAAACUAAAAUAAAUUCAAAAUAAUAAUAA